GGUGCACCAUGGGGCCCUAGCUACAAUCCAGCGUUCUCCCUCGGUGUUACAUUCAAUCCGCUCUUUAAAUAGCUAGCUAAAGCUGUUGCCUUUAUUACCACAAUGACUGCUCUGAAUCUGAAAAAAAGUUUUGAAGAAGCAGACAAGGAAAAGGCUGGAUUCAUUAAAUACAAUGGUCUCCAGGCAGUACUAAAUAGCUUGGAUGCAUUUGGUGCUUGUACAGCAAGAAAAGUUAUAGCUCUCAUUGGCAAAACAGGAAAAAUUUCACUUGAUGAAUUGCAACACAUUUGUGAAUCCAAGCCAGGAACUUUUGUACUUCCCUCACCUAAAAUUGAUUCUAAAUUGCAAACCUCUACAGUUCCUACAUCUCUUGCUGGGGUAUGGACCAAUGAGCUGGGCUCAAAAAUGUUCAUAUCUGCAUCAAGUUAUGCAGAAGGGCAAAUUAAUGGCUUGUACUGUAGCAAAGUUGGAGAUGCAUAUGACUAUUAUGAUUUGAAUGGCUUGUAUGACACAGAUGGUGAUGAAACUAGUGGCACUUUGGGCUGGACAGUUCAGUGGAAUAAUGGGCCAAAUGGCAAUUCUCAAUCCAAUACAGCCUGGUCUGGACAGCGAUAUGAAAUAUCAGGAAAAUUGUAUAUCUACACUACUUGGCUUUUGGUUUCACAGGAAACAUUGGAGAAUAAUUGGGAGUCCACUCUCACUGGAAAGGACAAGUUUUGCAAAGAUGAUUGAAACAACUUGAAAAGCAGUAACAAAAUGAGUUGCAAGACAACUGUAAAUGAAUUUAAUUCAUACUAGAGUAUCUGUUUUCAUGUAAUAAAAUGAAUUUUUUUGUGUUAAUGAAUUCCACAUAUAGGCUUCGCUAAAAAUAA